AUGAGGAAAACCAACAAAAUUAUGAUAUUAUGUUUAGAUGAAUUUAAAAAUGUGCAACCAAAUUUCACCAUAAUUAAUGGAUUUUAUGGAUACGGAAUAAAAACUCCAUUAACAGAUACUGCAUUGUCAUAUAUCGACCCGUCCGGCGUAGUAAGUAAGUUUUACAUUUUCGGGUGUUUUUUUUUUUUUUUUUUUUUUUUUUUUUUUUUUUUUUUUUUUAUUAUUAUUAUUAUUAUUAUUGUUAUUUUGCAAAAUAAAAUUGGUAACUUAAUAGAUAAUCGAUUCAAUAUGAAACAUUUUGUAAACACUUCGAUCGAAAUGAAUCCCAUUAAUUUGAUUUAUCGAAAUGUGGGAAAAAAUGAUAUUGAAGGAUAUGAUAAAAUACAAUUUAAAUCGCCAAAGAUUUUAUUAGGUAAGACAAAUAAUGCAAUUUUUAAAUACUGCUGAAUGUUUUCAGCGUAUUUAUUAUCGUACGUUUUCAAUAUUGGAAAAUAUAAGUAAAAAUGUUAUCGAUAAUGUUAUUCUAAGUAUAUGUUUAUAUAUAUAUUUAGUAAUCUUGUUUUGAUUUUCUUUUUUUAUACAUAUAGUAUAUCCUAUGUAACUAUUCAAAACAAAAUUGAAUGAUAUUAAAAACUAACAAAAAAAAAAAUGUAGGUAGCUGAAAUUACUUUAAAAUUUGAACCGUUACAGAGCCAUUAAAUUUUAAAUUAAGUGGAUAUUAUGGUAUUAUAAUGUUUAUUUUGUUUUGGACAACAAAUAUUCGGCUUGUAAAAAUAUUCAAAAAAUAACAUUACUUAAACGAGGUAGAUGGGUAUUCGAUUUUCAUUAUAGUUUUUUCGAGGACAUGUAAAAAAUACCGAAAACUUUCGAAAUUAAGAACCCAGUAAAAAUGCGGGACGUAAUGUAUUUUAUCAAUUUCGUUGUAGUUUGACCAUAUAUCUUGAAUAUUUAUUUUUAUUUUCAUUUAUUUUUUUUUUUUCGGGAAAAAAUGUAUCGGUACAUAUAAUGUAUUUUAUAUAAGUCUACAACACCUGCAUUUCGUGAGAUUCAAUACUUAAUAUAAGAUAUUUUAUAAAACUCGACCUUUUAUGCACACCUUUUACACACACACACACACACACACACACACACACACACACACAAAUGGAACCUUUCAAAUUUAUCCUUUUCAAACAAUAAUAAAUAUUCAAGGUACACCUAUCGACCGAAAGAAAAAAAAACCACAACAAAAUGUCAUAUGGGAAAACACAGCGUGGCGUCCACAAAGUUUAUUAUAAUACAGACCGAAAUGGUUGAAUUUUCCAAAAACCUUUAAAUAAACUGCGACAACCGCAGUGUUUCCAUUAUGCGUCAGUAGGUAGGCUUUUUCCGUUUCCCCUUUUUCACGGUAUUCAAAUAUAUACCUUUCAUUGCGUAAGUUGUAUUGUUUACCUUUUCUUUAUAUUGUGAACAAAUCCUUCGAUCUAUUCGGAUAAUUAACCAUAGUAAACAGUAGACAAGACUAAAACGGAAAUAUUAUGGAAAGCUAUAAACAAAUUUUGUAUCACACAAAAUAUUUUGAUUUAGUGAAAAUGUGUGACAAUUCAGGAUAAUGCUGGACAAUUCUUAAAGUACUCUUUGUAAAGAAAAUUAAACCAGCUUACUAGCUCGAAGUAAACUCAAGUUUAGACUGCUUUGAGAUUCGUAAAGAAGAAUAUAACUUCAUUAUGGUCCUGGGGAACAUGACAAUAGACUAGGUAUUGGAUAGUGAAAGAUGAAGAAGCGUAUUAGUGACUUUGGCAGUGUCCUUAAAACUGUAAAAUUUUAAGAAGAAAAUAAUUUUUAUAGCCGUUUUUACUUGGUCAUUUCGUCCAUAGGCAUUUUUGAUUCGUUGAUGAUUACCAACUAUCGUAAAAAUGUCAACCCGUUUAUACGAUUAUUCUAAUCGUUAUCAAUUCGUUUUUGUAUUUAUUAAAAAAAAAAUAAAAUCGUAUAACAAAUCUAUGAAUCAAAAAUACCGAUUUUAGUUAUACUACUUAAUUGUAAUAUUAUAAUAUCUGCACACAUUAUUUUCACGGGCAGUCCCCCACUCCCUAAUCUAUGAUACUUUAACUUCAUCAAACACAAAUACAAUUAUUCGAGAAAAUAGGUAUACUAUAUUACGUAUAUGAGCUAUACGAAUUUCACACUAUCAUAUUAUGCCGAAAUAGUUUUUGAAUUUACAUGGAAAACUAACCUAUUUUUACCAAAUAUUGUGUUUUUUUCAUUAGCCUGAAAUUUCGCGAUGAUUAUACGAGUACUAUUAUUAAACAAACAUCAACGAUAUAGACCCCGAUUUAUAAUAAUGAUUAUUUUUUAUGAUAUUUCAACGUUUAUAAUAUAAUAAACCUACAUAAUAAUACGCCAACAGUUAAAUAUUUUUAAUGCACCGACGACGGUGUAGUUCCAUAUUUUGUAUACUUAAAAAUAAUGUUGUUUUCUUUUGCUGUUAAAAAGGCGACAAGUUCGAUGAACGGUUCACAAAAAAAUUAUGCGAAACGUGCUCGUUAGCGGCUUGCAAUAAGGUCAGACGUUUUGAGUACACGAAAAUCGGAAAAAAGGUGUGCAGACAGAUUUGUCAACAGCAAAACAAACUCAUAUGUCCUAUACAAAUGGGGAAAGUGAAAUUAACUCAUUCGUACUGCUCGAAAGUCGGAUCACAUUUAAUGCAAGCUAAUACGUGUAUAUGUGCAUUCGAGAUAUCUUUCAGUGAUACGUUCAACUUCGUAUUUUUUCAUUUCACACCCAAUUUUAAUGGUCAGUUGUCCAUGAUAUAUUUCGAAGCUGGAUCAAUUUGUCAAUAA